UUCAGAAACGGCUCUGUCGUCAUGGUGAACGCGCAGCUGACGUUGGACAACUUUCGAUCGUGGCUGACGAACAAUUCUCGACUACCUGACUAUGACCACGCCAUGCUCGUUACUGGGUACGAUUUAUUCAGCGAAGACAGAGGUUACCGAUUUAACGUUACCACGGGUCUGGCCUACUUCCGAGGGAUGUGCAAGACGACCGACGGUUCCAGUUCUUCACUUUUUGAGGACCACGGUGCCUUUCAGAGUGUUAGAACAAUAGCCCACGAACUCGGCCACAGGUAACGGUCAUUUUAAGCACGUCAAUAACUGGGAGUGGGGUCGAGAGGUUACUGAUAUAUACGUUUGGCCGAUCCGUCAACUGUCAUGCGAAUCUGAGUAGUAGGUUCGAAUCCUGCCAUUUGAAACUCUGCGUUUUGGGGAAAAAAAUGUUUUACAUGAAUUACGGUUUAAUCAGCGA